UUGUCGUUUCCAUUAUCAACCCAACUUUUAAUUAAAUACGAUAAAUCAUUGGCGGGUUAACCGGAUUGCUGAAUAAUUUGAAGUUUUUGGUACGAAGCAGCUUCUGAAAACUUUUGCUCGAAGAACUUUGAAAAGAAUCAGUAUGAGCUGGGAAGACAACAACUGUGAGCUAUUUGCUUUAAGAAGCUCAUUAGAAGCCCAAGCAGGUAGUCUAGCUAACCUCGCUGUACGACUCAGAACAGCUGAGUACAACAUCGAAAAACAACUCUGUGCCAAUAAAGGUUUGAAAAGCGCACUUGUAAAGCUAGCUUCCAGAGAAGCUGUGACCAGAAGUCAAGUUUAUGGCGCUCUAGAACGAAUUGAGACAGACGUCGCAGACUUGCGGUCAGAAAGAAAUUCCACUUACAAUAUAGAAUCGGGAAAGAAUAGUGAAAAUUAUUAUUCAAAAAGAAGUCAAUAUGUUUGUACAGAGUGUCAAGCGCUGUCUAGAAAACUGGAAGCGAUAGAAACCAGAUUAGAAACCCUCACACAACAAUUACAACUGCAGUCAGUUCAAUCUAAGUUCAAGCCUACCUCUGAGCUUUCAAUGAGAGAAAAUGCUAAGCACAAUCUUAAUGGAGAACAUGUCUGUUCGGUAACUACUGAGCAUGCUGUGGAACCUCUUACAAGAAAAGUCGAUAAGGAUGCUAGUAAUUUUGAGAACAAUAUUCGGAGGUUUUCACAAACAGAGGGCACUGAAGAAAAUGAAAAUGUCUGCUCGUCUACCUACAUUUUAAGUAUAUUGGAAGCUGUCACCAGACAAGAAGAUAUCUCUCCGAAUGAGUUUUAUUGUCAACUGAAUUUUUAUUUAAAGAAAAUCUUCCUGUCAACAAUUUGUGGUAGAAAUGUCUCCGCUAGGCUAAUUUUUGACUUGGGACGGUGUUUCCUUCGCAUAGAAAGCAGUAAAGCCUUUAAGAAGCUCGAAUCAAGCAAAAAGAAACAGUUGAAUCUUCUUUUGAAGGACAUAUUUGUUCAUUUUGAUUCGAUUUUCUCGGAAAUGAAGAAGAACCUUCAUAAAGAGACAAAGCAAGAUAAGGCUUCUAUACUACCCGCUGAAACGAAUGACUCUGACCACUGUAGUACAUCAACUUUUGAAGCUCUAUGUGCUGAGAAACAGAAUGAUUAUCCAUUACAACAGAUCUUUGACGAGUCUGGUUUUUUCAAUGCGGAAGAUGAUUUCAAUCCAACGCAGAACAGAACUGCUAAGUUCAAAGAUAUCACACAAAACAAGAAAGUGGUCAAUUUGUUUGAAGAAAAAGAGAAUUUGAAAACCAUUGCAUUGGAUGAUAGUACAGAUUUAGAAUGGAAAGAGUGCUUUCGGAGCAUGAAUGAAAAUCCGUUCUAAGACAUCAUUCACUUUACUAGCAUAAUUUGUUGCUGUUAACAGAGAGACCCAUAUGCAGAGAUGAACUCUGCUUAUUCUCGAAUAUUAACACAGAUAGAUAGAUGUUGUUGACGGUCUUCAUUGUAUAAAACACAAUUUUUAUUAUGAGAAGGAAAUAGUAGAUUGUAAUUCCAUUCUAAUGAAGAGGACGUUGGCAACCCCUUCAGCUAGAGAGUAAUUCAUGUUUGGGACGACGAACCAUCCGAGAGGACGGUUUGUUACUAUGCUACUUAGCCUCUCAUGAGAACUUGAAGCAAUGAUUCUACAGUCACAAAGAGAUAAAUUAAUUCAUAAGUGGGGACUAAACGUGAGUAUCUCAAAUCUAGUAUGUAAUAACAAGGAUGAGAACAAGAGUUUGAACGCUUGGCUACUGAGGACAGCUUUGAAGAACUCCGAAUCUCUGAGCUUUUAUUCUUUUAGAAAAUUUUUUUCAUAUUAUUAACCCAUAUAUUUAUAGUUAUCAUAAAAGGGACUACUCCUUUGUCACAUCUGUAUGAUUGAUAGAAAGAAAAACCUCGGUAAGUUU